GUGACGCAGGAGGUAGAGAGAGAGAGAGAGAGAGAGAGACAGCAGUGUGGAGUGUGAAGUGGGGGGACAGGUCUGCACGAGGACAUGAGCAGAUAUUUGGGGUCAGAAAGGUGAGAGGAGACCCCUGAUAGGCUCUGUGGUUUGAAGUCACUUGGCAGACUGGACAGUCUGGACUGGGCGGACUGGGCUGCACUAUGGGGGCUGUCCUAGGGUCCUUUGCUGUGGCUCACUGGGCCCGGUGUCUGUGCAGCAGUGCGACCUGCCUGUCCUGCAAGUACUGCCCACACAGCAAGAACUCCAUAGUGACCCGUGUCAUAUACGCCUUCAUCCUGCUGAUCGGCACCAUCAUCGCCUGCAUCAUGCUGUCGCCCGGAGUUGAGAGACAACUGAAAAGGAUCCCAGGAUUCUGUGAGGGUGGAGCAGGCUCCAGUGUUCCAGGCAUGGAGGCUAAUGUUCAGUGUGAGAUCUUUGUGGGGUAUAAGGCGGUGUACAGAGUCUGCUUCGGUAUGAGCGUUUGCUUCCUGGCCUUCUCCCUGCUGAUGAUCAACGUGAAGAACAGCAGAGAUCCUCGAGCCGCAGUUCAUAACGGCUUCUGGUUUUUCAAAAUUGCAUUUAUUAUCGGAGUCACAGUCGGUGCCUUUUACAUACCUGAGGGGCCUUUCACACGAACUUGGUUUGUUGUUGGGAUGGCUGGAGCGUUCGUCUUCAUUCUGAUCCAGCUGGUUUUCCUUGUGGACUUUGCCCACUCAUGGAACGAGUCCUGGAUGGACAGGAUGGAGAAUGGGAACUCGAGAACGUGGUACUGUGCCUUAUUGUCCGUAAUGGGGCUGAACUACGCCCUGUCCAUCACUGCCAUCGUCCUGAUGUAUUUGUUCUACACCCAGUCGGAGGAGUGCGGCCUCAACAAGUUCUUCAUCAGCUUCAACAUGAUCCUGUGCAUCACAGCAUCAGUCGUCUCCAUACUGCCUAAAGUACAGGAUUCUCAACCCAGAUCUGGGCUCCUGCAGUCGUCCGUCAUCACCCUGUACACCAUGUACCUCACCUGGUCAGCCAUAACUAAUGAACCAGACCGCACCUGCAACCCCAGGCUCCUGACCAUCUUCCAGCAGAUCGCAGAACCCACACUGCCCCCGGUGGAGAUGGAGAACCAGACGUUUGUGAUUGUUAUUAAUGAGGACGAACCCGAACUCUCGUCCCCGUACCUGCAGUGGUGGGACGCUCAGAGCAUCGUCGGACUGGGAAUAUUCAUCCUCUGCAUUUUGUACUCAAGUAUCCGCUCGUCCAGCACCAGUCAGAUGAAUAAGUUAACCCUGGCGGCUAAAGAAACCAUCGUCAUGGAGGACAGCUCCCCAGGAAGCUCCUGCGAGGUGGAGGACGGCUCUGGGCCUAAACGUGUGGAAGAUAAUGAGAGGGAGAUCGUCCAGUACAGCUACUCCUUCUUCCACUUCAUGCUCUUCCUCGCCUCGCUAUACAUCAUGAUGACACUCACUAACUGGUACAGUCCUGAUGCCGAUUACAGCACCAUGUCCAGUAAGUGGCCGGCGGUCUGGGUAAAGAUCUCGUCCAGCUGGGUGUGUCUCUCAAUGUACGUCUGGACACUGAUCGCUCCGAUGAUCUUCACUAACCGAGACUUUAUGUAGUAGUUUAUCCCACAACCUUCAGCAUCUUCAGCAUCUCUACAGCCUUCACCACUAAACACACCAGGUCAGGAGUUACUCACCACUGUCCCAAAUAUAAAGGUGUUUAUAAUACUGUAUAAUGGGGCUUAUAUUUUAUAAAAGGUUGUGUUAAAAUGACCAUAGAAUGUGUAACACUGAACAUACUGCAUAGCUGGAUGCUGCCUUUACUCCGAACAGAGAUUUCUUAGUGUCUUUACUGAACCGGGUUUAGCACUAAAUGUAUUGUUUAAAAGUUUGGAAUCAUGUCUUAUUUAAAUGUAUAUUUAUUUUUUUAUAUACAUUUACAAAAUAUAUACAAUAUUAAUUGCAUUAAAUUACAUAACUUAAGCCAGACAGCAAAAAGCAAAUUCAAUAUUUAAAGAAUUUCUGUUACAGCAAGAAAGAUAUAUGCAUUUUGGUUUUUAUUGUCCUUCUAUAAAACUUGUGUGGCAUGCUUAUGUUAUGCAAAUAAAAAAAGCAGAUUUUAUAUAUAUUUUAUAUCAUCAUAAAUACUGAUUCUCAACUUUUAAAUAGUAGCAUUAUUAAAACAAAAGACUUUUUUAUAUGUUCAGACUAGUCUGUUCAGUGCACCGAUUAUGCAAACCUUUGGGCACCAUGUUUAUUUAAAGUGAAAAUAAGAGAACAAAUCUAUAAUUUUAUGAUAAAUUAUAAUUUCUGCACACUUAUUUUAGGCCCUAUUUUAGUGACCUAUAGGCAAGCUGUCAACUGCAUACCCUGCAGCUUGAUUUAGGGCGUUAGUAUGUCUUUGCUAUCGUAACAACCUGAAAAGUACACCUUGCGGGGCUCGAAACAUGCAAAAGGCAUGUACUAAUUCUCUUAAUUAAUCAUGGGUGUGUUUUGGGCGUAACAUGAAAUAAACCAAUCAGUGUGGCACUUGCCAUUCUCUUCAAGAGCCAGGUGCGCUCUGACAUCACCUCGCGCUGCUGCUAUUUAAUCAGGUGGAAAACGUUAGAAAUAGACUGUUGAAAGGGGAUAAGAUAAGAUAACAAUGAGCAUCAUGAUGCACCUUAAUGUGUUUUUUGCUGCCGUAUUUUAAAUUCUUAAGCUACUAAACUCUAAUUUAACAGAAUGAAUGGGUGCCCAAAAAAUUUGUGUAAGACUGUGUACCAAAAAGCCUUAAAUGUUACAGUGCAUAUUAUGCAUGUGUUUUUUAUGUAUUGAAACAGUAUUGUUUAUUUGCAUUUUUUUUUCUUGCCAAAGAUUUAUAAAUUCUUAAACAUUUUGUAUCAGACUUUUGUUUCAGUAUCACUUUUAAAUACUUCCAGUAAGGUGAACAGCCACAAAACCAUCAGCACUAUUAAUCUGACUGUUUGUUUGUUGUUAAUAAUAAUAUGAAUUAUAUAGCAAGAGUCUUCUGCUGCUGACGAUUAUCUCUAUCAGCUUUUUGUUUAAUCUGAGAUUAAAUCAAUUUAACUCUUUAAUGCCUCAAAGUUUCACCAAAUGCUUGUUUGUACCUUAAUUUACUUGUUACCUGGCAAAAGUCAAAGAGCAAACCCAUUAUUUAUUUCAUUUCCAGUCAAAACAUAUAUUAAAGUAUAUUUUAUUUUUCUUGCCAAAAUGUUUCUAAAAUGUUUCUGAAAAGACCAGAUAGGAAAUCGUUCAGUAGCAAAACCAAAAAUUACAGGCUUUCUUUUUGAGAAAAAAAAAGAAAAUCAAGCUCCAUUCUCGCUUCAGAUCUGAAAACGAUUUGAAAUCUGCAGGAGUUUAUGUCCUUCCUUUCACUGUGAUAAAAGGCUCAAGACUCUGACCUGAAUGUGAAACUGAUCAAAAAGCUUAAAGGCUCAUUUAUACUCAUUUAAAACAUACAAAAACGAACAUUUCCAUUUUCAUAGGUGUCAAAUAAAGUACAGAGUAGGAGAAACCUAUACUUAUAUACUGGAGUAAUUCUUUUUCAGACGACUUUUUACUUAUAGAUCUUACAUUUUCACACAAUCAACUGAACUUUCUACUUCUUACAUUUUAAAAAUAGCCUCAUUACUCCUAUUUUAUUUGUUUGUUUUCAUUCCAGUUUCUCAUCGUUCAAUAAAAACUAAACCUAUCCAGAUAAAUCUCUCCAUCCAGACAGAGAGAAUCUAAUUGUGGUUGGAUGGAGAGAAGUAUAAACAUAUACCAUUCCGACACCCUAUUGGUUUAUACUGUGAUCCAUCACCCCCCACACUCCAGCAAGAACAUAGCAGACAUAUGUAGCCUUGUAUGAAGAUGAUCCGUACAGAGAUUCGAGUGAAAUGUCCCAAAUAAGCUUCUGUAAUAUAUUUACAUUGUACUAAUAUACAUUCAUUUACAAUGGGAAGCCUAGUACAUCCAACAUUUUACACCAUUAAUAUUUUAUUAUAACAUUAUAGGCAUUAUGUCUUUUAGAAACAUGUGUUUUGUGGAGGGGGUAGAGCAAUGUAGGCUCCUGUGGUGCCGCCUAAGCUUUUGUCCUUAAUGGCAUUUUCCCCUUACAUUACUUUUACUUUUACUGGUUUUAAAACCAGUACUUUUACACUUUAACUUAAGUAAAAAACUUGAGUUAAUAUUUCAAUUUAUACAAAAAAUAUUUUGAACUCUAGUGUCUAUGUGAAUACUUUUCACACCUUUGUUUUUUUUAAUAGACCACUGAAGUCCUGCGUCAUUCUGUAGUGCUCGUAUGGCUUCCGUGUCCAAUCGGUUUUUCCCUAUGAGAAAAAAUAAUGUUUUUUGUAAAAACCCGCCUCUGUCACAUUCUGUGGUAAAUAAAUCUGUUCAUACCCCUGUA